AUGCCCGACCCACGCUUCGAGGAGAUCGUUCAAAGUUUGUCGCUGGUGCCAACGGAAAUGGCGCACGCGAUCAUUGACGAUCUUCGUGUUUUGGACGUGCUCAAUUUGCUAGUAUAUGACAAUCCCAGAGUUACUGCUGCGAUUUCGUCUCACCCCGGCUGCCAAACUGUGAUCGGCAUAACCCCUGACACGUUCUUUGAAAGGAAGGAACUUAUCAAAAGCUACUGGGAUCUGGCCUGUCAGAUUGGUAUCAACGUUGAUGAAAUCUGGUAUAGAUCGGUCAUUGGACUCAAUGUCAACUGUGCCGACUUCCAACACCUCCCUUCGGUCACCGACGACCUUCACGCUCACAUAUUGAAAUAUGUCGAGGACCAGACAAGCGUGGUAGAUUUGAAUCGGUUCACCGUUGGAUCCAAGGGGAUUUCGCCGGUUACAUCUAAUUCAUCUUUUGCACAGCUCGAAGAAUGCUGUACAGCCGUGCGUGCGGCUAAAAUUCAGUAUUUCGCACAAGCCUCUGGCCAGCUGCGUCGGGCAUGUACCUUGCUUGAAAACAAUCCCGAUCUCUUGAAACGCACCCUGGACCCAGAUCAAAAAAGACGACCCAAUACUGCACACAUCACCGCCAGAAUGAACCUCGUCGCUGACAAAAUUGCUAAGAGCAAUUUGCAGAACCAAGUGCGCACCGAGUACUACCGCUACACAUUUUCUCCUUUGACGCCGUUUGACACUUCUUUGACAGAGUUGCUUCGAAUGAUGGAUCUUUUUGAUAUCACUGCCGGGGGUGUGCUUUUGCUCAACAAGGAUGGCUCCUCUGCUUGUGGACGGCAGCAUACCCCGGCGGUCCAUCAGCUUGCUAGUGUUGUAAUUGAUGGUAUGGCCUACCAUCACACUUUCUGGUCCAAAGAUUCGGAUCUACAUAGGCAUUUUCAACUUCAAGUCACGAGUGAUAAUGGCGAUACGUUCCGAACAGGAAAUACACCUUGGUCAGAGAAACUUGAUUUUAUUUUGGAUGAGCUGGUGCAAGGACCAUUUUUCGCACCUCACAAACUCGGAACAAUCAAACAAUGGCGACGACCACGAAAAUAUGCCGGAAAUGAGCCGUUCCAUCACAAAGAAGAAGAAUGGUUGACUUCAUUCGUGGAGUUAUAUCGGUAUCUAGAGACAUUGGGGAUUAAAUCAAAUAUCUCCAGCUGA